CCAGGUCCUUACUUGAAGUCCAACAAACCAGCACGCGUAUUCUGUAUCCUCUAAGAAAGAAAUUUCUUUCUAUAAACUCUUUAUCGCACUUUACCCUAUUCUGUAAGAUGAUCGGGUUGCACGAAGGCAUGGUUCGGUAUAAAGGAAUAGAAAGACAAAAUUACCUCUUUCUAUUAUCCUUGUCUCUUUUUAACACACGCGUACUUAUUGCAUCUUUGUCGGCAGUCCGCAUGUUGUCUACAUUACGUAAAAGUGGGGUUAUGCAUAUGUUAAUAAUGACGGUUAAUAAUAAUCAAGUGAAUACCAUGGAUAAACGGGAUUUUAAGACUCAUCCUCACCAGUGGAGCACUAUUGUGGACUUUGGAGAAGAGCAUCCCACAAUUUUUAGACCACAAUUCAAACAUGGUGACGUUGAUGCUAGACAAAAUGCGAUCUGUUGGGAGAAUCUAGUACAAUCAUUGAAUUCGAUGGGAUUUGGGUUUAGGAGUUUGGAGAAAUGGAAAAUGGCUGUUGGUAGAUGGAAACCUAAGGUUAAGGCAAAAGCAGCACAGCUGAGGAUCGAGAGCCAAAAAACUGGUGGUGGCUGUUUAAAUGCUGCUCCAUUAACAGACACAGAGGAGCGACUAAUGAAAUUAAUUGCCACUGCCAGAAUUGAAACCCUUCAUAGAAGGAAACACCAGUAA